AUGGAUUUUUGUCUCAUCGUUAAAUUAUGCGCACACAUCCUCUUCCAUAUCCUUUUCCUGCUUCUUUCAACAACACACACUUCCACUCUGGCUAUCCCUCCACCACCGCAGGCCGCGGCGGCCGGAGCUCCUCCGCCCCAUGUCGCACCGAGGCCGAAACGGCCGCGUCCGCCGUCGGGGCGCACCAACCUCGCUUCCUGCGUGGUGGCCUCCAUCUUCCUAAUCUUCAUCGUCAUCGUCGUCCUCAUUGUGUACUACACCGUGUUCAAACCCCAGGACCCCAAGAUCGCCGUCAACGCCGUCCAGCUCCCCUCGUUCUCCGUCGUUAACGGCACCGUCAACUUCACGUUCUCCCAAUACGCCGCCGUCCGGAACCCUAACCGCGCCGCCUUCUCCCACUACGACAGCUCCCUCCAGCUCCUCUACUCCGGCAGCCAGGUCGGCUUCAUGUUCAUUCCGGCCGGCGAGAUCGACGCCGGCCGGACGCAGUACAUGGCCGCCACCUUCUCCGUCCAGUCCUUCCCCCUCUCCGCGCCCAACAGGGUGGGGCCCACUCUGGCCAACGGCGACGGAGUGGGCUUCAACUAUGGGCUUAGGAUUGAGCCCACUAUGGAAAUCGAGUCCAAGUUGGAGAUGGCGGGCCGCGUGAAAGUCUUACACUUCUUCACCCAUCAUGUUUACGCGAAAGCCGGUUGCAGGGUCGCCAUUGCCGUAACCGAUGGAUCCGUGUUAGGUUUUCACUGCUAAUUCUUUUCUUUUUUUUGCUACUGUAGACUUCACCAGUAAAUUAAGUAUAUAAUAAUCAGUGUAAUUGUUAGUCACCUUGAGUAACCAUGGCUUGAGGGUUAAAAUUGUAAAGACCCUUUUUUCAAUUUUCCUUCCCCAAUUCAAAGUUUGGCCAUUUUGUUCCUCGAAUUGCGGAAGUUUUGAUGGAAGUGUGAAUGAGUGUUGCUUUAUUGGGAUAAGUUAAAGCAUAAGUAAAGAUGCAAAAAGUGAAGGAGAAUGAUGAGUUUGAAAG